AGGGGGUUGAUACGCUGAAGCUGAAAUCGAGAGGCGAACCCAGGAAAGAGGAGUAUUUUGUACACGGGACUUUCCCCUCCUUCGUCCCUAAAAGGAGGGGGAAAAGUCGAAUUUUGAAGGCGAUUAAAAAGUCGAGGCUUCCUAAUAGGCGACGACGCCUAUCUUUGUGGAAAUAUUUUUUUUUUAAUUCGUAAAAAUAUGGCUGACAACGUUCUGGAGUCUGGCCCGCCUUCAGCCAAGAGGCCUAAACUAUCCUCUCCGGCACUUUCUGCCUCCGCCAGCGAUGGAAACGACUUCGGAUCACUCUUUGAUCUGGAGCAUGACCUGCCGGACGAGCUUAUUAGCUCCUCCUCUGAGCUAGCCAUGGCGAAUGGAGGGGACCUUGGGCAGCUCCACACCAGCCUGGGUGGAGGUGGAACAGCAGUCGGUGGGCUCGGAGGGGUUGGCAUUUCUGGCCAAGAUGCUGCUGCUAGACACAAGCAACUUUCUGAGCUUCUUCGAUCGGGAGUUCCACCUGUAACAGUGCAACAGCAGCAAGGAGGCAGUCCAACUGGGAUGGGGCUCAUGGGGAACAUGAAGGCAUCUCUAGGACCUCAGAACAUGGUGCCUCAGGGGCAGCAGCACCUCUCCCCUCAGCAGGCCAAUCUGAUUCAGCAGCAACAGAUGGGAAGUAUGGUGGGUGGCAUGAACAGAACUAUGCAGAAAGGUAAUGGUCAACAGCAACAAGGGGCCCCUACACCUCAGCAGCAAGGCAUGAUGGGGGGACAGAUGUUGAAUGGCACACCCAGAAUGGUGUACUCUAAUUCAGGCAUGGGCAGUAACAGUAACCUGCAUCCUGACACCAUGCAGCAGCAGGCAGCAGGAAGCCAAGGUGGACUGAGAGCACAGCAGCCUGGGGCAUUAAACAAGAUGGGGAUGAUGGUAGGUGCAGGCACCUAUGGAGGCCCCUAUAAUCCAAAUGUAGGUCAGAGUCUUGGUGGCGGAGGGCUUGCCCCACAGCUCGUGAACAAACCAGGUUUACCUAACAGCUUGGCUCAAUUCAGCAUGGACAAAAAAACUCAGCCUAUGUCAGGCAUGCAGUCCAUGGCUUCCCAGCAGUCAGCAGCUGGUACUGCUGGAAGUGCAGCAGGCAUGGUACCUAAUUCCCAGGGCGGGCUUGGUCCAUCAUCAGCUGCAUCAGCGGGAGCAGGAGUUCCUCCAACGGCUGACCCAGAAAAGCGCAAACUAAUACAACAGCAGCUGGUUCUCCUGCUCCAUGCCCACAAAUGCCAGCGACGGGAGCAAGCUAAUGGGGAAAUACGCCAGUGCAACUUGCCCCACUGCCGCACUAUGAAGAAUGUCCUCAACCACAUGACGCACUGCCAGGCUGGCAAAUCCUGCCAGGUGGCACAUUGUGCAUCAUCACGACAGAUCAUCUCUCACUGGAAGAAUUGUACGCGACAUGACUGCCCUGUGUGUUUGCCACUGAAGCAUGCAGGAGAUAAGAGGAAUCAACAGUGUGAGUCCCUACUAAGCAAUGCUAGUGUGGGCUUAGGUACUGCUUUGAGUACUGCACCAGGUGGCACACACAAUGCCCCCAGUCUCAACACUCCAGGUUCGAUAGACCCUAGCUCCAUUGAGCGAGCUUAUGCAGCUCUGGGACUCACCUACCAGACCAACCCAACACCAACUCAACCCACCCAGCAAACACCUAGGCCACUCAACGCAUCAGUGGGUGGGAACCCAAUGGGAGUAAAUGGGCCUGUUGGUGUCCAACCGCAGAGUCAGUCGUCUAACCUUCUUCAAGAUCCUAUGCUGCAUGCUCACAUGAAUGCUCAAAAUAUGUUGAAUGAUAGUGGUGUGGGCAAUAUGAGCUCAUUGCCUGUCGCCUCUCCCUCUGCUGGUGCUGGCAUGAGAAAGAACUGGCAUGAGGACAUCACCCAGGAUCUGCGCAACCAUCUUGUCCACAAACUUGUCCAGGCCAUCUUCCCUACUCCAGAUCCAGCUGCACUAAAGGACCGGCGUAUGGAGAAUCUAGUGGCUUAUGCUCGUAAAGUGGAGGGUGACAUGUAUGAAUCUGCAAACAGCAGGGCAGAGUACUACCACUUGCUAGCAGAGAAGAUCUACAAGAUACAGAAGGAACUGGAGGAGAAAAGGCGAAUGAGGUUGCAGAAACAGGGUAUGGUGCCCACUCAGCCUGGAAUGCCACCUACUGGGAUGCCGCAGGGACCACCUACAGGACUACCCCCAACAGAUGGUCCUCUAUCUGAUCCAUUAAUGGUGCGGCCCACAGGACCAAGCCCGAUGGGUAACAGGAUGCAGAACCCUGCUGGAAUGAGUACAUUUAAUCAAAUGCCCAUGGGUCCGAGAUCCACUCCUCCUCUUCCACUUGGUAGCCCCCUCAACCAGAUGCCUAUGGGGCCUACAAAGAUGCCACCACCUAGUGUUGCACAAAUGCAGAAUCAGUAUCUGCCAUCCAGCCAGUUUCAGGGUUCAAGCCCAAUGCUUGGUACUGGGCCGGUUGGUAUAGCACAGCCUGGCUCUCAGGGUGGCAUGGCCCAGCAUGCUCCAGUUUCAACAUCGCCACUGCUGCCAGCCAGUAGUCCUUUAGCCCAGCCUGGCUCUGUUGGGGGAAUGGGUAGCGGGGCAUCACUGGGUUCUCUAGGCCCCAACAAUGGGGUUGGAGUGCCUCCAUCAUCCACCCCUUCUCAGUCUAUAAGCCUUUCCCACUGUCCAUCUGUUCGACAGAGCUCUCCCUCUCCAGCACGCAGCCGCACACCCACUCCACACCUCACACCUCCUCCAAGCUUACCAGGUUCACAGACUCCACAGCCUCACACCCCCAGUUUGCCCCACGUAAGCUUGGGUGCCGGUCAGCAGCAGCUACCUCAGCCUGCUAACGCUGACAAAGCUAUGCAACUACAGCAGCCAUUAGGAGGGCCUCCUUCAACACCCAACACUGGCCUUGUGCCUCAGCAUCCACCCACUCCACUGUCUCAGAAGGGCCCUCUGCCAGUAGAUGGCCAGGCUUCUACUCCUGCUUCUGUAAGCAGUGCUGAGGCACCUUCCCAGCAGGUACCCUCAGACAUUGCUGCCACCCUUGAGCCCAAGGUGGAGCAGGAGGAUGAGGAGGAAGAGGUGGAUGAGGAAGAGACAAUGACUGGAGGAAGAACUGGAAAAAAAGUAGAUGUUAAAGCUGAGGAAAAGCCUGAGAUAAAGAAGGACGUUCCAUCCAGUGACGGAUGUAAAAUUAUUCCCAUGGAAACAUCUAUGGCAGCAGGGGAGGACAAAAAGCCUGUCCUGAAAACUGAGCCUAAAGAAGAUGUUGGAUCAGGCACCCCUGGCACUCCAGCUGGGAUACCUAAUAAAAAGAAACUUUUCAAACCUGAGGAGUUGAGACAGGCUCUUAUGCCCACACUGGAGUCUCUCUAUCGUCAGGACCCGGAGUCUCUCCCCUUCCGUCAGCCUGUGGAUCCAUCACUUCUGGGAAUUCCUGAUUAUUUUGAUAUUGUUAAGAAUCCUAUGGACCUUUCUACUAUAAAACGCAAACUUGACACAGGCCAGUAUCAGGAGCCGUGGCAAUAUGUUGAUGACAUCUGGCUAAUGUUCAAUAAUGCCUGGCUUUACAACCGCAAGACUUCACGGGUGUACAAGUGUUGUUCCAAACUGGCUGAGGUAUUUGAGCAAGAGAUUGACCCUGUCAUGCAGAGCCUUGGUUAUUGCUGUGGGAGAAAGCGGGAAUUCUCCCCUCAAACUCUGUGCUGCUAUGGCAAGCAGCUUUGCACUAUACCACGAGAUGCUGCUUACUUUAGUUACCAGAACAGUUCACCAAAAUAUGGACUUCUUGCUGACAGGUACCACUUCUGUGAAAAGUGUUUCAACGAGAUCCAGGGUGAAAGUGUGUCCCUAGGGGACGACCCAUCGCAGCCACAGACAUCUAUCAAUAAGGACCAGUUUGAAAAAAAGAAGAAUGACACACUGGACCCAGAAUUAUUUGUGGACUGUAUGGACUGUGGGCGUAAAAUGCAUCAGAUCUGUGUUCUGCACAAUGACACAAUUUGGCCUUCAGGCUUUGUUUGUAAUGAAUGUUUGAAAAAGGCCAACAAGACCCGCAAAGAGAAUAAGUACUCUGCUAAAAGGUUGCCCCAGACUAAACUGGGCAACUACUUAGAAACUCGUGUUAAUGACUUUAUGAAGCGCCAGAACCACCCGGAGUGUGGUGAAAUCACUAUCCGUGUUGUCCAUGUUUCUGACAAGGUGGUAGAAGUCAAACCAGGAAUGAAGUCCAGAUUUGUCGACAGUGGUGAGAUGCCAGAGUCCUUCCCAUACAGAUCAAAAGCUCUGUUUGCCUUUGAAGACAUUAAUGGUGCGGAUGUUUGCUUUUUUGGCAUGCAUGUGCAGGAAUACAGCUCAGAUUGUCCACAUCCAAAUCAAAGACGGGUGUACAUAUCCUACUUGGACAGUGUUCACUUUUUUCAGCCGCGUUGUUUAAGAACAGCAGUAUACCAUGAGAUUCUUAUUGGGUAUCUGGAGUAUGCCAAAAAGUUAGGGUUUACUACAGGUCACAUUUGGGCCUGCCCUCCUAGUGAGGGAGAUGACUACAUAUUCCACUGUCACCCUGCAGACCAAAAGAUACCCAAGCCUAAGCGACUGCAGGAAUGGUACAAGAAGAUGCUAGAUAAAGCUGUGGCAGAGCGCAUUGUGCAUGACUAUAAGGACAUAUUUAAACAGGCGACAGAGGAUCGUCUCACUAGUGCCAAGGAGUUGCCUUAUUUUGAGGGUGACUUUUGGCCCAAUGUGCUUGAAGAAAGCAUCAAGGAGUUGGAACAGGAGGAAGAGGAGAGAAAACGGGAGGAGAACAGUACUGCCAGUGAAAGUGUAGAUGCUACGAAGGGCGACAGCAAGAAUGCCAAGAAAAAGAACAAUAAAAAGACGAGCAAGAACAAGAGCAGUAUGAGCCGAGCCAACAAAAAGAAACCCGGGAUGCCAAAUGUGUCAAAUGACUUAUCACAAAAACUUUAUGCCACCAUGGAGAAGCAUAAAGAGGUGUUCUUUGUCAUCCGGCUGAUUGCUGGGCCCAAUUCCAAUGCUCUUCCACCAAUCAUGGACCCAGAUCCAUUAAUGGCAUGUGACCUGAUGGAUGGGCGAGAUGCUUUUCUUACACUGGCACGGGAGAAACACUUGGAGUUUUCCUCAUUGAGGCGGUCCAAAUGGAGUUCGAUGUGUAUGCUGGUAGAGUUGCAUAACCAGAGUCAAGAUCGAUUUGUCUAUACCUGUAAUGAAUGCAAACACCAUGUUGAAACACGUUUCCACUGCACUGUAUGUGAGGAUUAUGACCUUUGCAUAACUUGCUACAAUGCAAAAGGUCAUGAGCACAAGAUGGAGAAGCUGGGCCUGGGUCUGGAUGAUGAGAGCAACAGCCAAGCUGCAGCCUCCAUGCAGAGUCCCGGUGACUCGCGCCGUCUUAGCAUUCAGCGUUGCAUACAGUCUCUAGUACAUGCUUGCCAGUGCCGCAAUGCCAACUGUUCACUUCCAUCCUGUCAAAAGAUGAAGAGAGUCGUCCAACACACCAAGAGCUGCAAGCGCAAAACCAAUGGUGGUUGCCCUAUCUGCAAGCAGCUAAUUGCACUGUGCUGUUACCAUGCUAAACACUGCCAAGAGAACAAAUGUCCAGUGCCUUUCUGCCUGAACAUCAAGCAGAAACUGCGUCAACAGCAGCUUCAGCACCGGGUUCAGCAAGCUCAGAUGCUUCGGAGAAGGAUGGCUAGCAUGCAAAGAACAGGCCAACCAUUAAUUGGUGGAAAUGAAGGGUUACCAUCACCCAGCAACAAUGGCACAACUGGACCUGGGACACCCACCCAAAGUACUCAACCUCCUGUCCUGCAGCAACCAACUCAACAAUGUCAAACUCCUGUCCCACAGCCUGGAGUUGCAGGAGGUCCUCAGCAGCAUCAGCAACUUGCAGGAAUGGUGCAGCAUCAUCAGUUCCAACAGCUACCUGUCAGUGGUGGGAUGAUGAGCUCUCCACAGCAACAGAUGCAGCAACAACCACAACCACCACAACCAUCCUCGGUUACACAGCUUCAGCAUCCCAGCAGCCUUCCUCCAUAUGUGCAAAGACCUCAAAGUUCCUCUCCAAUUUCUCAGUCAAUGGGGAAACCUGGCAUGGGCCCAGCCACUCUGCCCCAGCAACAACAGUCAAACACGGGUCAGUCAGCAUUUCCCUCACCGCAGCCAUCUGGUCCUCCUCCUGCUGCUCUAGAAAUGGCCUUGAAGAUUCAGCGAGUGGCAGAGACUCAAAGGCAAAUGGCUAAACAAAAAAGUCUGCAGAUGAGUCAAGGACCAGGGAUAAUGGCCCCACACACCCUGCACCAGGGGCCUCAGACACAAAACCCAAUGGGUCUGAACCACCCUGGAGCAGGGAUGGUGGGACCCCAAGGUUUACAACCCCAGGCACAGUCCACUAUAUCCAGGGGUCAAAUUGAGCAACAAGGUGUGAUAGGACCUGGCAUGCAGCAACAAGUAGGGCCUCAAAGCCAACUUCCUUCCCAAGUGCAAAUGCCACAGGCGCCACAGGGUGGGCCUCAGCUCCAGCCUUCACAGCAGCAAUGGGGAACCUCUGGUAUGCCCCCUCAGCAACGAGCAGUGAUGAGUCAAAUGGGUCAUGCUGGAAUGGUUUCUGGGCAACAACCACAACAGGUGGUGCAGCAACCUCUUCCCCAACAACAGGGGCAACCAGGAGUGAUGGGUAUGAUUGGCGGCCCAGGUGGAGCUACAAACCCAGGGACCGGCAAUGGAGGUCUCCUUCAGAGUGCCUUGCAAGAUCUUCUUAGAACUCUGCGUUCUCCCAGCUCCCCCCUUCAACAGCAGCAGGUUCUUAAGAUAUUGCGCUCAAAUCCACAGCUUAUGGCAACAUUUGUUAAGCAGCGAGUGCCAAAAUACCUUGGAAGAGGUGGGCCUGGUGUUGGAGGUUCAGGCCCAGCAGGCAUAGAAGGCCAGCAGGUAAAUGUAAAUACAGGGGGCAGUCAACAAAGUAUGCACAUGGGCCAAGGGAAUGGCAUGCCCCCCGCAAACCCACUUCAACAACGUUCCCUUAUGGGUGUGAAUAUGCAGCAGCAGCAAAUGGUUUUGCAGCAGCAACAUGGCGUUGUGCCUGGUCAAGUCUCAAACAUGGCCAAUAUGUCUCCCCAGUUGAAAGAAUUCAUGAGGAAACAUUUGCAGCAGCAGCAGCAGAUGGGAAAUCUUGGUCAGUUUCAGCAUCCCCAGUCACAGCAAGGUUAUCUUGGUCAGCCAGGGAUGCCGGGUCAGCAGCCAGGUCAAGGUCAAACCAGUGGACUCCCACAACAGCAACAAGGAGGACCACAGGUUGGGAUGCAACAGAAUUAUUCAGGAUCCAUGUCUCAGCAAAUAGGGGCAGCAGCUUUGAAACAGAGGCUGCUGAUGCAGCAGCAGCAGAAUGCCAUGGGUGGGCUUCAAGGAAGUGAUUGUAGUUCGCUGCAGCAGCAGCAAUUACAGCCCCCCCAAGGUGGUUCUCAGCCUCAACCUUCCCAGGCCAUCAUUCAGCAAGCAUUGCAUCAAAGGCUCCUUCAGCAGCAGCAACAGCAGCACAGAGGUGGUGGAUCUCCUGCUCAACAUAAUCCCAUGAGCCCUCAACAGCCAAUGUCCCAGUCUCCACAUUUACAGGGCCAACAACUAUCCACUUCCCUUAGCAACCAGGUGCGGUCACCUCAGCCAUCACCACGGCCCCAGUCUCUGCCACCAAACUCUAGUCCAUCUCCUCGGAUGCAGCCUCAGCCUUCUCCGAGAUCUCCGUUUGGGAUCUCUCCCCAAACGGGCUCCCCACACCCUAGUCAUCUUGCCCCACAUCACACUGGUAUGGUAGCACCUCCACAACAACUGCAGCAGCCAUCUCAGCAGCAACAACAGGCUAAUGCUUUGGACCAAGCUACAUUUGGUUCAGACCAGAAUGCCAUGCUUUCACAACUCGGUGGAAUGGGGCCCCUGCAUGGACAAGGAACUAAUGACAUGCUGGCCAGCAACAACCAAGACAUGGGGACAAAUAUCAAUCACAGCUCAUUAGAUUUAAUGUAGCAUUACAGUCCUCAAAACACUUAAUAGGAAUGGGUUGCAAUUUUAAAAUUUACUGUUGCUCUCAUUAUUAGUGUUCUUAUUUAAUAUUUUUGAAGUAAAUGAAAAGACUACACCUUCCUAUGGGAGAUAUUACAUUAAAUGAGCAAAUUAAUAAAUUAAAUGAAUGGUAAAUUAUUGCUGUUAAUAUAUGCAUAUAUAUAUAUAUAUUUUUAGCCAAUUGUGUUCAAAGGGGUUCUGGGUGAAAGGAUGGGAAUAUUCUCCUUGGUAUUUGACAAGCACUAUUUUUGGGGAUGACUGCCUUUUUAUAAAUAUUUUUUUUAAUAUUUUAAAUGCAUAAAAUUAAAGAGAAAAACAUGUUAACACAAUAGAUCUUUGUUGUUUUUCCUCCACACAUAUUAAAUUUAUUAGUGGUUACUGAUUAGAAUUUAACAGUUUUUAUCAUCUUUUUCAUAGAAACUUUAAAUCCCUGCAGUGACUCCUACUGUACAACUUUUGGCAUAUUCUGUUUAAAAGUGGCUGCAAUUUGUAAUGCAUUUCUGUUAACUGACCCAAGCAAGAAAUUCAUACAUUAAUAUUUCCUUUUUUGGGGGGUUGUAUGGUCUUGUUUUGAUUUAAAAUUGCAGUGUGUCCCUUUUUUUCCCUCCCAAUGGCAGAUUGCAUAGGAUACUUUAGUCUUUCUAUGCGUGUCAUUGAUUUCCCACUACCAUAAAUCCUGUUCUUUAAAUGUGUGCUGCAUUCUUUCAUUCUGUCUCUUUAUGUAUGGAAUGGUACUGGAACUGCUGACUCUACAGAUGUUAUAAUAGGACAGUGCCGUAAUUUCUACCAUGAAGCCUAAACUCUGAUGAGGGAACUUGAAUUUCUCAAGAAAGCAAUUUAAAUGCUCUUUCACUAUCUCUCUGGAUCAGUGUCCUUACACUUCCUCCUCUGUCCAGGAAGGAAACAUUUUCCUGACUCGUUUUCCUUUUGAUGCUCAGAACUUUGGGGUUUCCAUCAUUGUUUCCUACUGUGUAAAGAAAUUCUGGACUUGAAUAGAUUUGUAAUAAAAAGUGUACAUGGAACCAGA